UAGAGUCUCCGAAUUUUUUUUCUGACAACAAUAAUAUUCAAUUUCAAAAAAUCGCAUUUAUAACAGACGCAUCACGCAUGCGCAGCACGGUUAUACACACAAACGUAAAUAUUUACACACCAACUCGUGCGUGCGAGUUCGUCAUUAUAUUUUAGUAUCAUAGGUAUUAUUAUAUUUUGGGCGUCUAAUGACUAAUGUCAACAGUCGAUAAUAUCGGAUUCGACCGUUUCUUGAGCUCACCCGCGAUUUGAUUUAUUUUUGUUAAUAAUUAUUGUUAUCGUCGUAGAAAUUAUUUAUCAUUCAAUAUUGACUGUCGUCUGUCGCGACCACGACGAGAGACGCUACACUCUCGUUGAUCGAUUGUAAUAAUAUAUUAUUUUUUUUUUCAACUAUUCCUAUCGCCGCUUGCUCGCGGACUUACCACCACCGGCCAUAUCGUGUGUCGACAAUGCCUAACAACCAGUUCAUGCAUCCGAGAAAUAUUUACCGGAAACCACCUGCUUUUAAGGAGCUGGCUGUAAAGUAUCCGGAGUUCAAUAAAUAUGCGUCAGUUGGUUUGAAUGGCAAAAUCUUCUUUGACUUCAAAAAUCAGGAUGGCCUCAGAUUAUUGACCACUAUACUGUUGAAGAAAGACUUUGAUUUAGACGUGGAUUUGCCAGUCGGGAGACUGAUACCCACUAUUCCGUUACGACUUAACUAUUUACUGUGGAUUGAGGAUCUGUUCAACCUGAAUUAUGACAAUACGAAGAAAAUCAAAGGAAUCGAUAUAGGCACAGGGUCAUCGUGUAUUUAUCCAUUAUUAGCAGCUAAACAAUUUCAGUGGUCUAUGGUCGGUACUGAUAUCAAUAAAGAAGCUAUUAAAAAUGCUAUUAAAAAUGUAGAAAAAAAUAAUUUACAAAAUUUAAUUCAAGUUCUGGAAGUAUCAGAAUGGGAAAGAUUAUUGCCUGUAGCAGUAGAUGAACAUUAUGACUUUUGUAUGUGUAACCCGCCCUUUCAUAGUUUUUCAAAUCUAAAUUCAUCUGACGAUGAGGCAGAUAAUGCAACUGGGGCUACUUCUGAAAUGUAUACAAUGGGUGGAGAAGUUGAUUUUGUUAAAAAGAUGAUCAAGGAGAGUGAAAUAUUACAGAAUUCGAUAAGUAUUUAUACGACAAUGGUUGGUUAUAAAGCAUCAUUAGACCCUCUAAAAAAUGAACUGAAAGCCAUUGGAGCAUGCACAAUUGCAGAAGCUGGUUUCUAUCAAGGUCGGAAUGCUCGUUGGGGGAUUGCUUGGACGUUUCAGCCAGAUAUAAAAUUGAAGGAUUUUUUGCCUAAUAAAGAAUUUCAAAAAGAGAAGUUGAAGCUUAGACCACCAGUGUCUUUUAAAAUUCCAGAAUCGUACGACUCUACUACUGCGCUUACCAAAUUAUCAGAACUUUUAGAUAGUCUUAAGUUGUCAAUCUCAAUAUUAAAAUCAAAAAUUGAUGAAAGUGUCUUAUACCAAGCUGACAUUCAAGCAUAUGAAAAUACAUGGACUCAUCAAAGAAGAAAAAGGCGUAUGGAAAAAAGAUUAGCUGAUUGCAAACGUCAAAAAACUAAUGACUGCUGUUUACAUGUUGAAUCUGAUGAUGAAAGGGUUGAUCAUCAUUUAGAGGCCUCACUGAAGGCCAAACCAUUAUUUGCAGCAACACUAGUAUUAAGAAAAACAGACAAUACUAUUUCGAUAGACAUGUUGCACCUGGACGGCAAUAGAGACAAUUCACAUCAAGUUUUUCAGUUCCUUAAGAAUAGAUUUAUAUAAUGGUUUCGUGUGACACAAAUUUAGGAAAACCAAAUCCAAGACUAUCCGGCUGCGUGCUUGGUCGUUGAAAAUUCUCCCAAGAUGGGUCAGGCACAAAACUCU